CAUUUCGGGCCGACGGCUUGUCGACGUAUACAGUAGAGCGACGCUUGUUUUUGUUCUUCGUCAAACCUUAUUUUGGCUCUUGUUUGUUUGUUUCGCCGUAAACAUUGUUUUUUUGGUCACUAAAUGUGCUCGACUCGACAGGGUGGGGAAGAAUGCGCCCUGAAAUCAUCUGAAAAAGUGGCGGAAGUCGAGCAGAGAGAAAGACGUGGAGCGAAAAGGGGCCUUGAAGAUGGAUAUUAGUGGCUGCAGUUCUCUCAGACCGUUAGGAGACGUCUUCUGAGCUUUUUUGGGGAAAAAGAAAGGUCUGACACACUUUCUCUGUCUCUAAACUGCCAUGUCAGCUCGCCAGCCUGCUACCAGUUGAAAGGCAUGCUGAAAAACCCCUCUGCAGCUCCAUGAGCUUGAGCCUACUCAUUCUUCUGGACAUGUGGAGGAUGUGAUUGGACCGGAGUGGAGAUUGGAUCAGCUUCUGAAAGCUGACACGUGCUGAAACAGACCACAAGCUCUGCAGUUAUGACCCCACCAUCUCUCCAGUAUUUCCACUUCUUCUGACCACUUCUAACUGCAGUCUCCUGCUCCUUCUUCUCGCCAUUGCUGCUUCACUUCACUGUCUGCAGGAUUGUCCCAAGAGACCGGCUCACAUGUGUAGGAUUCUAUGACCCACUCAGUCUAUUUGCAGCUAGAUUCCGUGGAAUCGUUCAUCGACGAGCUUCCAUAUAUGUUUUAUCUUGGCCUGUUUUUUGUCAACGUGUUAAUACUCUACUAUGCCUUUCUGAUGGAAUACAUAGUCCUGAAUGUAGGGAUUGUGUUCCUGCCAGAGGAUAUGGACCAGGCCCUGGUGGAUUUGGGCGUUCUCUCCGACCCAGCCUCCGUCCCGUACGACACAGACACCGAGUUAGAUGUUUUUGAGGGAUAUCUGGAGUAGACCGUCCAAGGCCCGAGCACUUUGGUGGGAGGAAGUGCACCAGAGGCCUACAGGAGCCAUGGAGAUCUUGGAAGCCGGGCAGGAAGAGAUGUCGCCCUGGACGUUUCGCCGAAGAAGAUGCCCACGCGUUAGAAAGUUGUUCAGGGUCAAGGGAGGACUGACCUUGAGAUCAGACGGCAUUUUCCCAGGGAAAGACUGAUACCACGCUCCAAGGUCUCCCGGAAGAGAUGGAUGUCAGACAGCACCCAGCACUGUGGCUGUUAAAUAACCACAUUCACUUACUUAUUUCUAAACUUCAUUCUCUGAUAUUGCCAUAAUUUUGUUUCACAUGCCAGCCAUAAUGGAGGACUUCCAUCGCGUUACAUGCACACCGUUUGGUUUUUGCAACAGAUCUAAUAGUAAUAAAGCACCUAACAUCGACCUUUGGUUAGUUCGGCCAGGCUAGAAAGCUGUGAUGCCUGGCCUAAUUCUGCAUGAGCAUUUUUCUUUUCUAGACUAGAUCGUCUUAGGUAAGCAAUACACCAUGAGACUGGCAGGGUUCUUAAAUCCUCAGUAUUGUGCUGCUUUAUAUGAGAUUCUCUAAUGAACUGUACAUUUGUUACAUGCUGUAAAUUAUGUAUUUGAUCUGAUGUAUUUCAGAUACCCACAAUAUAUAUUAUAUAUUUAAUAAAUAAUUACUUUCACUUUA